AUGCUCCGCAAAGCGCUGAAAGAGUCGAAGCAAGCUGUUGCUGGGCAAAGAUCACCUUCGCCGGUCGAUGAAGACUCGCCACGCAGGAAGUCGUACUACUGGCAUGGUCAUAGGUACGAGGUCGACGAGAACACCAGACCAGAAUGGAUCGAUGCCGGCAGACGAAAAGCAUCCCGACCCUCGACACCCAGAACUGCACCUUCCGACAUCAUGCCUGCUCCAAUCGUGGCUAUGAUGUCCUCGGCGCCUCCUGGACAAAUGACACUCUCGACUGCACCUAUAAUAGCGACUCCGCCCCCGCGUCCCGCUCCAUCAGUGGCGCAAGUAGUCAAGUCCUUCGCAGCAUCAGGUCUGGCGCCCCCCUCGCAACCAAGCAUUCUGCUGCCAAGCACCAGGAUCCCGUGGAAGAAUUUUUGGAGCUUUGAGCGUGAAGCCAGAGACAGCAUUUACCGACACUCCAUGGCGACAGACUCAGUUAUUCAGCUGAACUGGGAGGACGGCCCACCGCAUAUAUCAUCCGCACCCGUCUUCGCAUCGCUCGGAAGUCCGCUGAUCGCACGCGAAUGUCUGGAAAUCUUCUUCGCAGAAAAUACCUUUCAGUGCCCGUUUCACACAGCGUUGUACAAGUUUUUGAAACAAUUGCCGGAUUUCGUGCUUCCGCACGUGCAGGCCGUGCGAUUGUCACAUCCGAUAUCACAUGCCGGAUAUGUGAGGACGUUGUUAGAGAAGUUGAAUGAGAGGACUGUGGAUGGGCUGAGGGCUGGAGUUGUGAAGGUGGCAAUGACUGUGGAAGGAGAGGGAGAUCUCAUGUUUGUUGGACUUGAGGAUCUUAAGGAUUUCAUUGGCAUCGAGGGAGGAUCGAGUGGCCUUAAGGUGGCAAGAAGAAAGGGUGUCAUCAGUCGACAAACAACCAAUGCCAUGGACCAAGAUGCAAAGGGCCCGACAAUCAGUCUUGUCAAGCGCCAACGGAAGAAAAGCAAGAAAGUCCAGGAUGCAGAAGAUGACGAGUGGACAAGUGGCAGGAAUGUGAAGCCGAUGGUGUCUAUUAGUGACGAGGACGACGACGAGCCACUACUUACGGCGAUGCGAAAGCGUAAAAAGACGUAG